CCGGAAAUGAACCGAGAGUAGACGAUAUCACUUACGGAUAGAGAUGUCGCGGAUCUAUUUUUCGAACACGUAUCGCGGUCACGAAGGGCACAGCAGGUUGUCGACGAAAAAAAUGGCGAAAAGAAUCCGCGCGACACGAGAAUUUUGACGUUUCGGUUUUGACAUUUCCUCACCCGAAUCGGAGUGAACUGGUCACAUUUCCAAAGAGAGAGGGAGAGCGAGAUAGACAUAUCAUAUAUCUAUUAUCCCACUCGACUAUCAUCUAUAUCUAUAGGUGUGUUCGACCACCAGGAGAAGAAAAAAAAAGUGAUAUGGUUGCGAAACGUCACGCGCGUAAUCGUUGAUUGAUGAUCCAAGGUUGAGGAGGCUGAAUGAGCAGCAGAAUAAGAAGAUAAGGAGCUAAGAUAAACGAGAUAAUGAGACAUCAUCUUCGUCGUUCGGUAGCGAAACGUCACGAGUUGUAGUGGUGUCCCCGUGCUGAACCUUGAACCUGGACGUUUAGGAUCGAGCCAGAGGUUAUAGGCAUAGUUAUGCGCCUCGUGAGCGUUGCUCGAGGCAGAUCGAGCCGUGUCUGGCAGCUCCGACGAGGUGCCCAGAUGUGCGACGCGUCGAGUGACAGUUUGACAGUUCGGGGAUGCGCGCUUCUAGGAAGUCACCCUCUUUAUUAAAGUCGACUCGUCGCUAGUGCUCCUUUUAACUGGCUGUGAAGAAAAGUGCGCAACCUAACUCUAUCGCGUCCAAAGAGGUACAUAGAUAUAGGAUAUAUAAAACACUGAUCAAGAUGGAUCAAGAAACGGUCUAUGGCACGCAUGAGGAUAGUCAUGUUGUCAUGUCGGAGAAGGUUCAGUCUCUGGCAGGCAGCAUCUAUCAGGAGUUUGAGAAGAUGAUAGCUAGAUACGAUGAGGAUGUAGUGAAAGACUUGAUGCCUCUGCUAGUCAAUGUAUUGGAGUGUCUGGAUAUAUCUUAUACCGAGAAUCAAGAGAGGGAAGUCGAACUGGAGUUGUUGAGAGAAGACAAUGAGCAGCUCGUCACCCAGUACGAAAGAGAGAAACAAUUGAGAAAAGCAUCGGAUCAGAAACUCCUCGAACUGGAAGAUAUAUCUGAGGAUGAAAGGAAGGAGCUUUUGUCGAAAAUUGAUAGCCUGGAAUCUAUUGUAAGAAUGCUGGAACUGAAGACUAAAAACUCCCACGAUCACGUUGGCCGGUUGGAGGAGAAGGAAGCCGAGUUGAAGCGCGAGUAUUCCAGACUGCACGACAGAUACACGGAACUGUUCAAGACCCACGUCGAUUACAUGGAGAGGACGAAGAUGUUGGUAGGCAGUACGGAAAGACUGGAAAGCGUGUCCACGAGUCGUGCGCCUUCGCGACUACCUUCCUUGGGUCUCGCCCAUAUGUCGCGCAGUUCCGGGCCGCUCAGCUACGGCUUCCAGAGCUUGGAGGCGAGCAUGAGCGCCGAAGACGUUCAGGAGGACAUGGUCGUGUCGAACGCGGCCAACUUGAGAACCGAGAUGCUGGACAGCAGCAGCGAAGCAGCCAUUGAAACCUCUGACAAGAGUCAGCUGACUGAUCAACCGAUGCAGGAGAACAAGACUACGGCUAUAUCUAGACGUAUGUUGUACGAGAGUCCGGAAACGGAACUGCCGCCCACUUUGAUGACACCAACCACCCCGACCGCUGGCAUCGAGAAGCUGGCGACUACACCUGGAGGUAGAAGCAGAACCGAGAGGGAGCAACGAAGCGGCAAUACGCUCUACCAGGAGUUGAGUUUCCAGGACGCUGACGCUCUGGGCGAGAUGGACGAGGGCGCCGACAUCACCGGAAGCUUGGUACAUCCUGGUGAAUACGCUUCAUCAGUCAAUGACAACUUCUUUGGUAUGGGGAAAGAAGUGGAAAAUCUUAUUAUGGAAAACAAUGAAUUGCUAGCAACCAAAAACGCGCUUAAUGUUGUGAAAGAUGACCUAAUUGUCAAAGUGGACGAAUUGACUAGCGAGCAAGAGAUAUUGCGAGAAGAGGUUCGAGGUUUACAGCAGGCGCGGGAACGAUUGCGGCAACGAAUCGCCGCCCUCGAGGAGGAGCUGAAGAAGGCGAAAGAGGAAGCGGAAGCGGCGGCCAAAGCGACGAAGAGCGACGACGAGGAGGACGUGCCUCUGUCCCAGAGGAAGCGGUUUACGCGAGUGGAGAUGGCGAGGGUGCUCAUGGAACGUAAUCAGUACAAGGAACGCUUCAUCGAACUUCAAGACGCCGUCAGGUGGACGGAGAUGAUAAGAGCCAGCAAAACCGUCCCUUCCAGCAUCUCGGGUGGAAAGGGAGGUUCCGUCUGGAAGUUUUUUAGCAAUCUCUUCACAGGCCCGGCCGAUCGAGGGACACUGGUGCGUUCCGCGCACACAUUACCUCACGUAAGGUACAGCGCACCGGCGAAUCAGGUCGUCCCGGCGCCGCCCUUGGAUGCCAUGCGUAGACGUACGUUGAAAAGUCGCCAAGAUUUUCUCGACCAAGGAGACACCAUAUCGUCCGAGAAGCUCGUAGCGAGACGCGCGAACGAACGGAGGGAGCAGUAUCGCCAGGUGCGGGCGCACGUCAAGAAGGAGGACGGUCGUUUGCAGGCUUACGGAUGGAGCUUGCCCGGGAAGCCUAGCGCCCCCGUCAGACAACCACCUGUUCCGGUCCCUGUGUACUGUCGACCUCUUCAGGAAACAGAACCGGGGAUGAAGAUCUGGUGCGGCGCCGGUGUGAAUCUGAGCAGCGGCAAGACGCGCGACGGCGGCUGCAUGGUCGGCGGGAGCGUGUUCUACGCCGCCGAGGCCCAGGAGACGACGGGGGUCGGGAGUGGCGUGAGGGCGGAGGCCGAGGACGCGGUCGAGCACCUGGACAAGGAGCUCCAGGAAAGCGAGAGUCGGCGUCUCGAGGCGGAACGGUGGGAGCAGCAACUGAGCUCGCUUGUCUGGAUCUGCACCUCGACCCAGAAGAUGUCCAAGGUCACCGUGAUCGAUGCGAACAAUCCCGCGGACAUUCUUGAGGUGUUCAACGUUUGCCAGGGACACCUGCUCUGCAUCGCGAGCGUGCCCGGCGCCAAGGAGAGCGACUACGCGCAGGCCACCUCCUCGAGCGAAGACUUUGUGAACGGCUCGACGAACGACAGCGAGAACAACAAUGGCGCCCCGGGCUACGAGGACAUCACGAACGCGAACGAAAAGGUGGGGAACGCGGGCGACGGCCAGAAGAGUCAUCAGGAGGUCGUCGAGGUCGCGAAUGACAAUAGCCUGAGGAACGAAUCCGGCGUUCAGUCGGAGGACCAGGCGAACGAGAAUGUUGAGAAAGUCGCGGAGACGGAUCAGAAUUCCAUGACGAACGAGCCCCAGAGUCUGGAGAGCGUGGACAGCGAGACCGCGAACCUGGGGAAGGUGCACUUUGUACGAAGCAACGUGGAGACGCAGCCCUCGCGACUGAACGACAAGGAUACUGUGAACGAGGAGGCGAAAGAGGAGGCCGCCGAGGAGACGCCCAUCGAGAAGAUGUCCUCCGUGCAACCCACCAUGUGGCUUGGAGCCCAGAAUGGCGCGGUUUUCGUCCACUCGGCCGUUGCCAAGUGGUCGGUGUGCUUGCAUUCCGUGAAACUCAAGGACGCGGCGUUAGCCAUCGUACACGUCCAAGGCCGAGUUCUGGUCGCUUUGGCUGAUGGAACUGUGGCGAUAUUCCGUAGAGGCGCGGACGGACAGUGGGAUCUGUCGCAGUACCACGUGAUUACUCUUGGCAGCCCUCAACACUCCAUCAGAUGCAUGACCGCGGUCAGCGGCAAAACCGUGUGGUGCGGAUAUAGAAACAAGAUCCAUGUGAUCGAUCCCAUCUCGAUGACGCUUGAGUGCACGGUGGACGCGCAUCCUCGCAGAGAGUCCCAGGUAAGGCAGCUGGCGUGGCUGGGCGACGGUGUGUGGAUCAGCAUCAGGUUGGACUCAACGUUAAGGCUCUAUCACGCUCACACCUAUCAGCAUCUCCAGGACGUGGACAUAGAACCGUACGUCAGCAAGAUGCUGGGGACGGGGAAGCUGGGAUUUUCCUUCGUGCGCAUCACCGCUCUGCUUAUUUCCUCGAACAGGCUGUGGAUCGGCACCGGAAACGGAGUGAUCAUCUCGGUCCCGCUGUCAGAGAGUGCGGGCGGUUCAAUGGCGGUGACCAGAGUCCAAACCGGAAGCAGUAAAGGCGAUGCGCCUGGGGUCGGAGUCAGGAUCUUCGCCUCGGAACGAGGCGUCACACCAGGUAGCUUCAUACCCUAUUGCAGUAUGGCUCAUGCCCAGCUCAGUUUUCACGGACACAGAGAUGCCGUCAAGAUGUUCGUCGCUGUACCCGGUCAUGGUGGUCAAAGCGCGGUGACGGAUGGGACGCAACCAGCGAUGCUAGUUCUUUCCGGUGGUGAGGGUUACAUCGACUUCAGGGUCGGUGAUGGAGAAGAGACGGAGGAGGGUAUGGACCGAUCGAACGCCACGGUCAACAAUGGUGCGGAGGAGCAUGGAGAGCAGAGUCAUCUGAUUGUGUGGCAAGUGCAGUGUCCCUUACCGAUGCCAAUGAAUGGCUAGCCUACAGAGCAAGUGGAUAAUUUAGCUUUGUGGAGAACUUUAUCAAUGGAUCAUCGAUGGAUCAAAUAUUGUGAAUCAUUGAUAUUCACUGCGAACUAAUGUGCUACACCUACAUCUAGAUAUGCACAUCAUAUAUAUAUAUAUAUAUACAUAUA